AUGCAUGCUUUCGCGGCAGCCUCAGCUACCAGCUGGUUACUUUGGUCAACUGUCCAUGCAGCUGUACCAUACACUCGUUCACUCAUAAGGACAGAUUCAAACUGCAGAGUCCUACCGGGCGACAGUAAUUGGCCGACUAAAGAAGUCUGGAAUCGACUGAACCAAACAGUGGGUGGGAGACUGAUUGCCACCGUACCACUAGGAGCCGUCUGUCACCCUGGAGGAUAUGCCGAUAUCGAGCCAGACGGCGCAAAGUGUACCGAAUUAGCACAGAAGUGGGAUCUGCCACAGACAUUCAUAAAUCAGUCAGGGGACAUUAUGAACCCUUGGUAUCAGAACAAUUCCUGCAGUCCGUUCCACCAUCUAGAUCGACCUUGCGAACUUGGCAACUACGUGAACUACGCUAUCGCCGCCUCCGGUGCAGACGAAUUCAUCAACGCUAUCAAGUUCACUCAAACGUAUAAUGUGCGUUUAGUGAUUAAAAAUACUGGACACGAUUUUCUUGGUAAAUCCACUGGGAAAGGCGGCCUAUCGCUCUGGACCCAUGGCCUCAAAUCUAUGGAAAUCACGAAAUAUGCCAGCUCAGCUUACAAUGGUCCUGCUAUCAAGGUCGGGGCAGGAAUCACGGGUGGAGAGGUACUCGAUCACGCAAACAAGGCUGGCUACCGUGUAGUGACGGGCGAUUGUCCAACUGUCGGUACUGCAGGCGGAUACUCUGCAGGCGGUGGCCACGGCCUGCUCAUAAACACUUAUGGCUUAGGCGCGGACAAUGUGUUAGAGUGGGAAGUCAUCACGGCAGAUGGCCAGCAUCUUACAGCCAGCCCUACCAACAACACAGAUCUUUACUGGGCCCUCACUGGCGGCGGGGCUGGCACCUAUGCUGCUGUCCUGGGAGUAACCAUUAAGUUACAUGCUGAAGGCUCUGUCGGUGCAGCUACUCUGAGUUUCAACGCCACAGCCAGCCGUGACAAUGAUUCCUACGUUGCCGCACUGAACGAAUGGUGGAAAUUCAUUCCUGACCUUGUCGACGCCGGUGCAUCUCCAUCCUUCAACUUCUUCAGAGAUGGUUUCAGGAUCCACAACACCACAGCACCUAACAAAACCAUGGACGAGAUGGCCGAUAUUUUCAGGCCGUACCUCACGAAGCUGGACGAUCUAGGUGUUCCCUAUACGUUUGUCACAUACAAUGCUCCCUCAUAUCUAUCGCACUACAACGCAACCAACGGCCCCCUACCCUAUGGCCCGUACCAAGCCUCUCAGUUGUUCAACAGUCGCCUCAUCCCCCGUACCAUCUCGUUGAACCCCGCCCCCUUAACCACCGCUAUCUUAACAAUGACGGACCACGACAUAGCCGCAGACUGGCAACUAGGCUGCUCAGGCUUCAAUGUAAACUCGUCCCGAAUAGCGCACCCCGAUAAUGCUGUGGUCUCUUAUUGGCGUGACGCCGUCGCCGUCUGCCUGGAGUUCUCCAUCUACAACUGGACUGUCCCCGAGGCAACGAUGCUAGCGCGCAGACAGGAUCUAGCGAAUAUCAUCCACCCGAUGAUCGAAGUCGCAACUCCUGGAUCGGGGGCGUAUUUGAAUGAGGCGGAUCCGCAAGUGUAUCCGCAUGGUAACAACGUCAAGUGGCAGGAUGCGUUUUAUGGCCUGAAUUAUGAGCAGUUGAGAGAAGUAAAGGAUAGGUGGGAUCCCAAGGCGGUGUUCUAUGCGUAUACAGCUGUGGGGUCUGAAGACUGGGAGGAAGAUGCGGAUGGUAGGUUAUGUAGAGUGGAGGCAUAA